AUGUCUACUAGAAAUGUUCUGUUCAGUUCUUUACGAUCAUCAGUCAGAUUGGGCAAAGAAAAUACUUCUCCUGUUGGGAAAGUUUUUAAAUGUGACGAUUGUUCUUAUACCUGUACUGAGAACAGUGAUCUUGUGAAACAUUUACGUAUUCACACGAGAGAGAAACCUUACAAGUGUAAGGAAUGUUCAUAUUAUAGUGCUCAGAAAGGUGAUCUCAAGAAACAUAUGAGGACUCACACGGGAGAGAAACCCUACAAGUGUAAUGAAUGUUCAUAUUCUAGUGCUCAGAAAUGUUCGCUCACAGCGCAUAUAAGGACUCACACCGGAGAGAAACCCUACAAGUGUAAGGAAUGUUCAUAUUGUAGUGCUCAGAAAGGUGAUCUCAAGAGACAUAUGAGGACUCACACGGGAGAGAAACCCUACAAGUGUAAUGAAUGUUCAUAUACUUCCUCUGUUAAAUCAAAUCUUAUUACACACCAACGUACUCACAUGGGAGAGAAACCAUACAAGUGCAAGGAAUGUUCAUAUUGUAGUGCUCAGAAAAGUGAUGUCAAGAAACAUAUGAGGACUCACACGGGAGAGAAACCCUACAAGUGUAACCAAUGUUCAUUUUGUAGUGCUCGAAAAGGUGAUCUCACAUUACAUAUUAGGACACACACGGGAGAGAAACCCUACAAGUGUAAUGAAUGUUCAUAUACUUGCUCUGUUAAAUCAAAUCUUAUUAUACACCAACGUACUCACACGGGAGAGAAACCCUACAAGUGUAAGGAAUGUUCAUAUUCUUGUGCUCAGAAAGGUCAUCUCUCAUUACAUAUAAGGACUCACACUGGAGAGAAACCCUUCAAGUGUAAGGAAUGUUCAUAUACUUGCUCUGAUAAAUCAAGUCUUGUCAGACAUCAACGUACUCACACGGGAGAGAAACUCUAAAUUUGCCAGGAAUGUUCUCAUAUAACAACUUUUAUACUUGUUCUGAUCAGUCACACUUUAUUAGAUAUCAGCGUAUUCACGGGUAAAGAAUGUCAGUUUACUUCCACUUUUAUAUUAUUAGUUGAACAACAACGAGGUAUGAUCUAUGGUUGCAUUUAAAGUUUAGA